AAAAACGGGAUAUUAGGAAGGCAAUCUCAAAAUGGUUCAACUUUCAUAGGAUUCCAGCCAACACAGCCCAAGGUCCAUAUUAUCAGAGCAUGAUCUCCUCUAUUCAAAAGUCUGGCACGGGGAUCCAACCUCCAACACCGAAGGAGAUUCACGGCGUGUACUUAGAUGAGGAGGUGGCAGAACUAAAGGAUUGGAUCAAAUCCUUCAAGAGGCAAUGUGAUGAAUAUGGGGUGACAUUGAUGUGUGACAGUUGGACAGGACCAACAAGAAUGAGUAUCAUCAACUUUCUUGUUUAUUGCAAUAGAAGAGUGGUGUUUCAUAAGUCCGUUAAUGUUUCUGAAAAGAUCCAAGAUGCAAACUACAUUGAGAGCUUGAUGGACACUAUGGUAGAGGAGAUUGGACCACAGUAUGUUGUCCAAAUAAUAACCGACAAUGGAGCGAAUUUCAAAAAAGUCGGUUUGCAAUUGAUGGAAAAAAGAAAAACUUUGUUUUGGACUCCAUGUGCAGCUCAUUGCAUAGAUCUAAUGCUAAAGGAUAUUGGUGAGUUGGAUACGGUCAAGAAAUGUGUAGCUCGAGCACAAUCAAUUACAAAGUUUAUAUAUAAUCAUCAUUGGGUCCACGCAUUAAUGCAAAAGUAUGUAAAUGGUGAGAUACUUCGACCUGGAAUUACUCGGUUUGCUACAAAUUUUAUUGCAUUAAAAUCAUUACAGCAAAAAAGACAUGGCUUGAAGGCAAUGGCUAGCUCACAAGAGUGGUCUGAAUCCAGAUAUUCGAAAUUGAGUGAUGGAAAGAAGAUAGAAAAGGCCAUUCUUUCAUCUAGAUUUUGGGAGACUAUAGGAGAAAUCAUAAAAGGUGUGGAACCACUUUAUAUUGUCCUCCGUAAGGUCGAUAUGGACAAGCGUCCACAAAUGCCGUAUCUUAAAUAUAUGCUGAUUUCAGCAAGAGAGGAGGUCAGGAAAGCAUUCAAAGAUGAUUUUAAGGCCGACCAAUACGUACGAAUCAUUGAUCGUCGGACCGAAGUUCAUAUGGAUCAAGAUAUCCAUAAUGCAGCGUAUUAUCUAAACCCGGCAAUUCAAUAUCGAUAUGCUCUCGGAACGCAAAAUAAUUUCCUAACGACACUACGAAAUGUUAUAUAUCGACUCUUGCCAAACACUACCGAGGCAGCCGAUGCUCUUAUGGAGGGUCGAUUAUUUCGAGAAACAGUUGGUUCAUUCUCCGACGUUGUAGCUAUAUCAUGCCGUUACACUAUGGAUCCUGUCGAGUGGUGGUUACAAUUUGGAGGCGAUGCACCACAUUUAAGGAAGGUUGCCGUUCGUGUACUUUCACAGACAACAACAUCUAGUGGUUGCGAACGUAAUUGGUCAACGUUUGCGUUGAUUCAUACGAAAGUCCGCAAUAGACUCUCCUACAGACGGUUAGAGAAACUAGUAUAUGUCCAUUAUAAUAUGCGGCUAAAAUUACGAUGUGCUGAGUUGGAUAAGGAGCCAGAGGAACCAGAUAUUGAUCCCAUUGACCUCCAAUUCUACAACGAAGAUUCAGAGCCAAUGUUAGAUUGGGUUGAAGCAGCAGAGAACCAAGAGGAUCCUCUACUUGAUGAGGCGGGAGAUCCUCAGCGUCCUUCACGUUUUAUCACCGAGGCAAUAGAAGAAGAAGAAGCACAACCCCAACGGGUAGAAAAUCCCCCUCGAUUACAACAUGGUAUGAGUCAAACUGCUCGAGGAACUACCGAUACCCAACGGUCACACUCGUCCGCCCAACGUGCAAAGGCAAAGGGGAAGGCAAUAGCAUCAGUUGCAUCGUUGGAAAGAAUCGAGUCGGGCGACGAGACACCUUCACAAUCACAUUCUCUUUCUCGUUCGGUCCAGAGACAUGACAGCAACACGGACAGCAGUGCCUCAACAGAUGAUGGCGGUGAUACCGGGCAGUCGUUGGUCUCGUCUGCACAACUUGAGGGUGGUGAAUGGACUGAGGAGCAAUAUUUUACACAUGCCACUCAAGAUUCAGAUCAUGGAACUCGACAAGGUACUGGUCAAGUUUAUGCGCGGAAGGGAAAGGAGAAGGGGAAGGGGAAGGCAGUGGAUGAAUAUGAACAAAUGCGACAGAGCAUACAUGAUAUAGACACAGAAAGAGACUCAUCGUAUUCACAGCCAUCGUAUUAUGAAGAAUCAUAUGGGCAACAACAGUAUGGUGAUAGUUGGUCAUCCUUCUCUGAGCAACAGCAUGAUACAGAACAACACCAAUAUAUGCCUCAAGAGCUGCCUCGGACAAAUAUGAUUUAUGACGAUCAAUCUACGAUCAGUACCACAUUGAUGCAUCAAUGGCAUACGGUGUAUCAAUACACUAUGUCAUGGGAUCAAUUUCAUGAUUGGGUCCAACAAACGUAUCAUAUUGAUAUGUAUCGGAUCGAGGACCCCGAUCCACCACCCGUGGAGGCUCGUCGUUCGUUUUGGUGGUAGAAUUAACAAUCAGAUAUUUCAAUCUAUAACGAGCUGAAAUACGAACCUCGAACAAGACUACCUCAAAGCCCGAAAAAGAUAUGUGAUGCUAUUUUUAUCUAAUUUACAUUGAUUUUGCUAAACUUAUACUAUUACUAUAUUUAUUUGUAACUUGAAAACUCUAUCCUAACUUUUUUUUUAAUUUUCAGGUAUUUUCGGAGGGAUAAAUCGGUGAAAUUAAGUGUACCGAGCGGUACACCUCGGUAUACCGCUCGGUACGCCGUACCGUACCGUACCGAGCCGGCGUCGAAACGCCGGUACGGUACGGUUCGGCGAACCUUGGUUAUGACAACUAUUAUAAGUAAUCAAAUAUUCAUCUCUCUUCUUAAAGUGAAUAUUUAUAAUUAUGAGAUUUUAUGAAGUAACAAAUUCUAAAAUCAUACCACCCCUUCAUCCCUUUAAAUUCACCAUAUGUUUUUCCUACAUGACCUUUCAAUCACCAACUUUCUUCAGUUAUAGUUCCUUGAAUGAUAUCCUCUUAAGUUUUCUUUACAUUCUUUUUUAGUUUAAUCAGUUGGUCCAACUUGAUCGGGUUAAGCACUUAUAACAUUCAAAAACUUUUCUCCCAAGACAAGUUUUAAUUUUUAAAAUCUUCAAAUCUUUUCACAUCAACAAUAAUGUUCUUCAGAUCAACAAUUCGUACAACAUUUCCAUAUUUAACUAUUUUGGUAUACCAAAUUUUAAAUCAAAUACUACCAAUAUCUCUAGAAUUUUCUCCAACCUACUUGAUCUUUUGUAAGAAAAUAAUGUUUAUUCUUCUACUGAUCAAUGCCUAUCAAUUCGACUCCCAUUUCUGAAAUUGUUCCUAUAUUCAAAGUUAUUGACCUAAUUCUCUAUUCUUGGAUUAACUUCUUUACUCGCAUUGGUCCAAAACAAUGAGAACCCUUGCCUACUUUGCACCAUAUUCGGGUGCCGAUGUGAUAAGCCAUUUUUGAGCAACCUCCUAGCUUACUGUUUGCGAUUCAAGAUACCUAGAUGGCAGGGGUGUCUUAUGUCGGUUUUUAGUGACGACGUAGCCAUAUAUUGAAAUUGGAUAACAUCCAUGUUCAUGAGAUCUGAUGUAGUUUUAUGUUGGUUGUCAAUGACCUAAAGCAACCCUUUGCCUUUUCCAUCCGGGCUUGUGAUCAACAUUGACGAUGUGAAGUUACACAUUGAUCAAUAAUUAUCAAUUCGACCAUGGUUUGAUAACAUACCAUCUAUGUCACUACUGAUUGAUAUUUAUAUACUGUUAUUCUUUUUCUUUGUUACUAGAGGGUACAAGCCGAUAUACCCUCUAGUUUAUUGGCACUGUACUAGUUUGACCCAUUACCAACUUGGUAUUGGUUCGAGAUUUAGAUCCUUGAUUAUGAGAUCACAAUUAUAUAACUUUUAGACAAAAAUAUAUAUUGGCUUCAUAAGUGUUUGUGGGCCGAGCAAUUUUGCUUUAUCUGGUUCAACAUUGAGCGUGCCAUCUAGUGGGCUAAUGUUAUUAGGCAUACCGGGUUGUUCGCUUAUUGUUACUGAGAUAGAGCUGUACAGAAUGAUAAGUCUACCACUCUAUUAUUGAUGAUCAUCGCGCGCCCACAACACCUUGAUUAACGUUACUUAUGUUUGCUUGUGCUAUUGUUUAUCAUUGUGGUUUGCUUAGUUUUUGUGUUUUUCCUUGUUUUUGUAAGCCUAGACAGAUCGUAAGGUUGCACACCAAUUGCUCCCGGAACAAGUGAAAACUAGGCUAAAACUUCCCCUUUUUUCAUGUUGUGGCUUGAUUUCUUAAGCCUAUAGUGUGGUACAAAACAUCAACUAUUUUAGCCCCUAGAAUGCUUUUGGGUGGCGAAUCAAGCAAGAGUGCUUUAAGGAGGUAGCUGUCUCAAGUGGUCUCAAUAGGGUCGCAAGUGCAAACUCAUUCUCAAGCUGCUAGAGCUGCUCAAGAGGAGUGUCAUAGUCAGAAUGGUGAGUAAGAAGUUGGCAAUUCUCCAUGAGUGGAGGAAAUGCAAUCCGAAAUGCUGAUUAUGGGAAAGCAAAAAAAGAAGAAGAAAAUGUUUGCAAUGAGGAAACUUGCCUCUAUGUCGUUGAAACAAGCUUAGAGGAAGUCUACCAAGGCUAGUGAUGACUUUUUAGGAUAGAAGACUUGCAAGAGGUGGAAUCUCGAGUUGACAUGAUGGAGUCCCAAGUCGAUUGACUUAUUAUUCACACCAAGGAAUCAAUGCAGCAUCUACAAUAAGUAGUGGCUGAUCUCACUGCAAUAAUUAUAGGGUUCAAGAGAGCUUUACUUGUGGGCGGGGGCAAUACCUAUGUUGCUUCAUCACAAAAUUUGAAGGCAUCCGAGUUGCACUGCUAUGGGGUGCUAGGGAUGCAAAGGAACUCAAAAAGUUUUAUUCGACAUGGAGUAGUACUUUCGGGCAACGAGGCUUGAUUUUGAAGAGACCAACGUGUUGAUCACGACCAUAUAUUUGAAUGCGGAUGUCAAAAUCUGGUGGCACACCCAAUGGGAAGAAAUCCAAUACGGGCAAUGUCGGGUGGACACAUGGGAGGACUUGAAGCGUGAGUUUUGAACUCAGUUCUUGUCUAAGGAUAUUAAGUUCGUCGCCCAUCGGAAGUUCAAACAACUUCGUCAAACCGGAUUGUGUAGUAGUACUCGACAAGUUGCAGCUUUCGACAUGGUUCAAAAUUCACAAUGUAUUCCAUGCGUGUAUUUUAAAAGCCUACUAUUCAAAUCCGUAAGAUGCUUUUAGAAAUGUUAAAUUUGACUACCCUCCACCUAAGUGUCUUAUGAAAAGUGAGUUGAAACCAUUUUAGCAGGUCUCAAGAUACAGCACUGUAGUGAAGCAGAUCGAGUAUUUAAUGAAGUGGUGAAAGAUUCUCAAAAGCCAGUUGGGAGCUAGAAGAUACGUUGCGACAUGAAGAAAAAAUCGUCAAAGCCUACUAGCCUUCGUUGAUAGAUUAAGUGGGGGAGAAUGUCACAGAUGGCCAUCGCAUGCUUGCAAUACCUUUGUCAACAUACCAUUCAUCGCUUAUGUUUGCUUGUACAAUUGUUUGACAAUAUGUUUUACUUAGAUUCUGUGUGUUUCUCUUUGGUUUUUGUAAGCCUAGGUAGUUUGCAAGGUUGCACAGUGACCACUUAUCGAACAUGGGAAAACUGGGCCAAAACUGUCUUGUUUUCAUAUGUCCGGACAUGAUUUCUCAAGCCUACUAUCCGGUGUAAAAUGUCAGCCAUCUUAGUUGUUGGAACCCUGAGUGGUACUGAGCUGGAUGGGGCUUUAGAGUAGUAUCGAGCCUUAUUUAGAUUCACAAGUUUAUAUGCAAAGUGUGCAUAGACUUGCCCAACACCUCAAUACCUGGGUGAGCGGUCAUUUGUGGGCUUGUGGCUGUCUUUUUCUCUUCCAAAGUCCUUGUUUUCACCUUGCAUUUCAAGUGUUUGUUGAAUUGCUUGAGUGCUGUGUUUUUGAGCGAGACGUUGUGACCUCGUCUUUGAAACUAACCAACUUGUAUAUUAUUUACAGGUCUCUUAAGACCUAUGCGAGGUUACACUUAGGCUGACCUUUUAUAGACGGAUAUCAUAAAGGUGCCUCACGACUUCACAAUUUUAGCUAAGUCCAUGUCAAUUCGAUGCUAGUACUCAACUCUUAUCUUAUAAGGAAUUCUUCUCCAUGUCAUUGUUUCAUUUUCUCUUCCCUCUUUCUUACUACCAACCAUAGUUGUUCCGCCAAUGCCUUUUUUGCUGCCUCCACCAUAACCAGCUCUAUGCUGCCAUCCACCAACCAAUUGCACCGGCUUUGCAUUUCUUAAUUCAUGGCCUUGUCAACAUCUCCUUCCUCUCCACUAGCAUGUGAAUCUUUGCCUUCACCACCUUCCCAUCCCACUUCUCUAAAAUUUCCAACAGUAGUAAAGUUCCACAAAUCCAAGUCAAGCUUCUCACUUUUCUCUAUUUUUGACUUUUCUGAAUACAACCCAAUUCGAUCAAAAUGUUAAACAAAUCACUGGGCAAUCAAACAAGGAACUCUGAUUCAUGAGCUUGCAUUACUGGACUUGAUGAAGCUACAAAGAGAUCAUUAUUGCAGGAUCGAUUAAAUGAUGAUGUCUAUUCUAUCUGUCUCUAUUUUCAUAACUUUUGUCACUUAUAAGCCAAUUGAGCUAAAUAUUAAGUUCUCUCAUUAUGAAGUGUAGACCUGACAUUUCUAUUCACAUAACCUCAAAUAUGUUUUUUGCCCAUGAGAGAUGAAAAGAAGCAACUAAAGCCCAAAAACGAAGUCUCGGUAAAUGAAUGGUGUUCCAUGCUUUUCAUGGGCUAUAUAUCAUCACUCAGUGAUUGAAAGAGGUGCUCGAGCGCUCGCCUAGGCGCUCGGGCGAGGCGAGGCGAGGCUCGAGCGCCUCGCUAAUGUCCCAGGCGGUGUGCUUCAAACAGGCGCUGCCUGGGCGCUCGCCCGAGCCCAGGCGCUGGGUGCUUCGGGCGAGUGCUUGGGUAAACCAAGUGACUGAACCAGGAUUUUAGGUCCGGUUCGAUCCUGGUUCGGUUGUUAGUUGGUUCAAUCGAACCAACUAAAUCGAUAUAACCCUUACCCAACCUUAACCCUUACCCAACCCUAACCUGUUGCCGCUGUCGCUCCCGAUCUCGUUGCUCGUCGCUCCUGCUCCCGCUGCUGCUGCUCGUCGCUGUCGCUGCUCGCGCCUCCCGCUGCUCGCGCCUCCAGCGAGCCCUCCAGCUGCUCGCGCCUCCCGCGAGCCUUCCCACUGCUCGCGACUCCCGCGAGCCCUCCCGCUGCUCGCGCCUCCCGCGAGCCCUCCCGUUGCUCGCGCCUCCCGCGAGCCCUCCUGCGAGCCUUCCCGCUGCUCGCGACUCCCGCGAGCCCUCCCGCUGCUCGCGCCUCCCGCUCCCUUUCCCUUUCCCGCUACCGCUCGCCACUGCUUCCUCGUUUCUCCGUCAGGCUCAGUAUACAGUAUACUCUUAAUAUUAAGUUUAUUUGAAUUUUGAAAUGAUUAAUUUUCAAUACUGUUAAUAGAUUAAUAAUAUAUUAUUUUGAUUUUAAUGUUGUUAAUUUUUAUUUUGAUGUAAAAUUUUAUUGUUUUGAAUUUUGAAACUUUUUGUUAAUGUGACAUUGUGAUUUUGUAUCUUAGAUUUUCUUAAUUUAAUAGCAUAUUUUUAUUUAAAAUUUUAAAUAAUUAUAUUUAUUAAUUAUAUUAUAUAUUUUUAUAUUUUAGCGCCUCGCUUCGCUCGGGCGAGCGCCUGGGCGAGCGCCUAGCGCCUCGUGCGUUUUUGGACUUUGGCGCCUUUUGACGCCUAGCGCUUUUUAAAUCACUGGUAUCACUUAUUCAUUAUAUACAGUAAAGAUAAACAUCAAAACUAGUGAUAAAGGUUUGAAACUUUUGUAAAAGCUAAAGCCAUAAACAUAGAUUAUCAUUGCAAAUUCAAUUAAAAACAAUGUUAGCUUCAAUCAUAGAGUAUAAAGCUCAUGCUAAGGUGAUGUUUUCCUCCAUUCUUUGUACAUUUUCAGUAAUAUCUGCUUUUUUUGUUUUUGUAGAUUUGAUGUGAGAGAUAAAUUUUAUCUAGGUAUAAGAAGGAAUCACCUCAUUCACGAAAGAAUAGUAAGAAAGGUUGGACAAAUUUACCAAAACUAAAAUGUUUUUCCAGAGCAUGAGAAUAAUAAAGAUGAUAUUUGAGUUCCUUAGAUUAGCUGCAGCCCUCCAAAUAUCUUAUUUUGGUGUUUAAAUCAUCACCCUCAUAUCAACUUAAAAUAAUGCAGAAUUUUUGGUGCCACAGGGUUGAAAACUCGGCUUUAGAACUCCAUUUUUACUCUAGUUGGCCAAAUCACUCUUUUGUCACAUGAGAAACAGUGGUUUUGCUCAAAACUUUUCAGUUUAAGUCAGCACUGGAAAAACUGGUAGAAACUGAGUUCCAGACCAACCAUUUCCAUGGACAAAUCUGCUUGUUCUCAAUUGACUCACAGAUGUACUUUAUUAGUCCAGAUAUAUCCUUUUAUCUGUCAUCUAUUUUCUUCGCUUCAGUGGAGGGACUGUUAAGGCUUACAAGGCAUGAAAAGCCGAUACAAAAAUUCACAUUACAUCUAGGUGGUAUAUCAACAUGAGUGUAGAAGUAGUUGAAGUUUGUACUGAUGUGAUACUACAAAUAGGAGAUCAAGAGACAUUUUGCUUAAGCAACAUAUAUUUCUAAGAAAUAAUAUUUUUCCUUCUGAUCAGAACUCAGAAGGUCAAUUACUUAUCUUGAUUAUGGACUAAGGUUCUCUUUGAGCUGCCUAAAAUAGUUCAGAAUAAACGGAAUUCCAAGAUUAUUCAAAUCAUUCGGCAGCAUUUAUAUUUAUAACUGGCAGUCCUGAAUAUCAUGUUCCCAGAAAUGACAUAUGCUACUUAACUACUACUAUAUGCAUGCAUAACUUGUCCAUAUCAAUC